AUGGUCCUUCACAACAGCAAAUGGGAUCGCAAGGCGAAAAAGCAGUAUGAAAAGAAGCACGGAAUUGUGUCUGAUCACGAGAAGGCCAAGCAGGAGGCGAUUCGAGAUUCGGUGCCUGAUUUACCGUCCAAUGCCUGGCGGUUUGACGAGGUCAAGGACGAAGGAGCAGAAUCUUCCGAUGACGGUAUUGACUACUCGAAAUUGAAAGCGAAGCAGAUGGAUCUGCCGCGUGGCUCUUUAUAUGAACGGAACAUUUUGAAUGGAGACAAGGGAGGGUUUUCCGAUAGCGACAAUGACGAUGAGGAUGAGGAGGGCUCCAAAAAGGCCUCCAGAAUGCUCCAAGAAGUGUCCGAGGCCGAGAAAGCCAAGGCCAAGGAAAUGCGCGAGAAACGGGCCAAGGCAAACCAACUCAUGAACCUCAAGAAAAAGUUCAUGGCGACAGAGAUGGAGGAGGGCGAUGUGGAUGAUGACGACUUUUUCAAAGAGAUUGACGGGGUGGAGAGAGAGGAGGAGAAGACGGAAGAGAAAAGAAAGGUUGGAAAGUUGCCGACCAAAGGACAGCAGGAUUUUCUAGACGGUUUGCUAGGAUAA